AGAUGUCGCCAUACUCCUUCCUCUUGUCGCUUUCUUGGCAGAUGGCUCUUUCCGGUUCACGCUAGAAAAUAGUGAACGUGUCUCGUAUUUUUAAGAUACAAUGGCUGAUUUCGAUGAGAAUUUUGAAGAGCCGGUCGGCAUGACCCAAAUUGCCGCUAUUGCAGAACUUCCAGAAAUUAAAUUGUUUGGAAGGUGGAGUUGCGAUGAUGUACAAGUAGAUGAUAUGUCUUUACAGGAUUACAUUGCAGUGAAAGAAAAGAAUGCUAAAUAUUUGCCUCACUCUGCUGGUCGUUAUGCUGCUAAAAGAUUCAGGAAGGCACAGUGUCCAAUUGUGGAACGUUUAACAAAUUCACUUAUGAUGCAUGGUCGUAACAAUGGAAAGAAAUUAAUGGCAGUCCGCAUUGUUAAACACGCUUUUGAAAUUAUCCAUUUAUUAACUGGAGAAAACCCACUUCAGAUUUUGGUAACUGCCAUUAUUAAUUCUGGACCACGUGAAGAUUCGACGCGUAUUGGUCGUGCUGGUACUGUAAGAAGACAAGCUGUGGAUGUGUCACCUUUAAGGCGUGUUAACCAAGCUAUCUGGUUGCUUUGUACUGGUGCCCGUGAAGCUGCAUUCCGUAAUAUUAAAACGAUAGCUGAAUGUUUAGCUGAUGAACUUAUCAAUGCGGCAAAGGGAUCUUCAAACUCUUAUGCUAUUAAAAAGAAGGACGAAUUGGAACGUGUAGCGAAAUCUAAUCGUUAAAAAGUGUAUUUAUAUGGUGUUCCUUUACAUUGUAUGUAAUGGAA